AGAAAAUAGUAAAAAAAAAAAGGUCGAGCGUCUGCAGCGGGAGGCGGGGCUUGUUCCUUUUUUCGAAGUCACGUGUCCCUGAGGCGGUUCUCCCUUCGGGGCCCUGUAGGCCGCCCUGAGGUGCCUCUCAAGGGCGCGGUAUAAAUAGCCCCGUGAGAGCCACAUAAAAGUUACUGGCAAGGGAAGGAGGCUCCAAAGGCCACGGAUAAUGGCCCCAAUUUGGGAAAAUAAUAAUAAUAAAAAAUGUGUAUGUGUGUGCAUAUAGAGAUAUAAAUACAUCCAUAUAUAUGUUAUAUAGAUUUAUAUAUCACAUAUAUAAAUAUAUAAUAUUUAAACAUAACAAAUAUAUAUGCUGUGUAAAGUAAAUAUAUUUUUGCACAUAAAUGCACACACGCCCUAAAAUGUACAAUUAAUACUGGCCAUUACAGCCACACAGCUUAAGAAACGAGGAGUCCUUGUUUAUUUACGAUUGUGCAGAAAAAAGGGGCCUUUUUCUUUUUGUGGCCGUCUCUGCCUUGGGCAACCCUGGCGCUCUCCGGCGACCUUGGGCCUUCUGACCGAGGAGGCCAGGAGGGACCGGAGGGCCUGGGGCCUGGCUUACGGCAACCGAUCCCCCCUUCAGGCCGGACCCCGGGGCCUCUGCUGUCGGCGACGGAGAAUGGCGGAGGCAUGUCGUGGUUCCUGGAAGCCUCGCGCCUGGCCCUGGCCCUGGCGGUCUUGCGCUUGAAGCCACCUGACAUAAGCGGCAAGGAGCACGCGGAGCACCUGGCCAGGAUGCUGUCCCGAAAGGAUCCCCGGGAGAAAUCGAGAGUGGAAGCUUUGGAAGCGGAAGUGGUUCGCCUGAGGCAGCAGCUCCUCCUGAGCAAAGUUCACCCGGGGUUCGGUUUGGAGAACGGGGAUCCAGCCGUUGCGAGCAAUGAAGCUCCGGCCCCUGUCCGUGCGGACGAUCGCUCCAGCCAUUUUGAAGAUUCCAGGUGCAGCAACUCGAACGGCAACCUGGCGGACACACAAGAUGCCUCCGACGCUUCAUCCGUAUUGCCCAUAUUGGCCUCCUCCCAUGCUGGCUCAAGCAAGUCUUUGGUUCCUCACAUACAGUUCCUACGACGUUUCCUUGAGCUCAAGCAACUGGCGGAGCACGGAGGUCUAAGAACAGACUUGGGGAAACUCGGAAGGGAUUCUUCCGCAAUAUCUGAUUCUUUCUCUCGGUUGCUCGAUGGCCUGGUUGCCUCCUAUAGUUUACCCGAACACCCCUUCUCCGAUUUUAUGACUCGGGCAGUUUGUGCCAUCAUAACCGAGUUAUUAAGCGAUGCUGAUGUAUUUCGACAGAUUUUGGGGAAGUGUCUUAAGAAGCUAGAAGACUCUGUGAAAAGGCUCAUAGACAUCGUAUUGAACAGUAGCCACCUCAACAGAUUUCAGGUGCAGGAGUCUAUAUCCCAUGCCCUUGUAUCAAUUGGACAAUGCAACAGAGUGAGAAGGCAGACAAUAUCCCUGCUCUUCAGAGAAGUCAGCCAAUUUGCUGAUGAGUUGCAGCACACCGAUGAGAUUCAAGCCGGGCGCGACACACGAUAUGAAAAUAUUUUCUUUCUGUGUAGAGCUUUGGAACAGCUUCUCGAAACAGGGACAGGGCAGGGAGAUGCUGCUGCCCCUUCAGGCUGCGACGGGGAAGAGAAGGAGAUGUUUCUACAGAAACUUGACCAAGCCAUUUUUCACCUCUGCGACGAAUUUCCCUUGUUCUGUAUUUAUUUAUGGCGACUAGGCACGCUUUUGAAUGUGGCACACAUGCAGAUUGGUGGAAGACAAUUCCUGACAGAGCCUGGAAAAUGAGGCUAGCAGGGACUGAGCAAUGUCCACCACCGAAAGGAAAUGGGAUUGCCAUCAUAAAGAGCAUGAGGAUUACAGAUUAAAUAAAUAAAGUCUAUAACUGCAGGGUUUUUAACUUUGUUAGUUCCCAACUUUUCACCUUUUGUUAUUUCAAUUUUUUAUUUAAAAAAAAUAUAUAUUUUGUACUCCUUCAAUGGCCGGU